AAGUUCAUGGCUGCGCCAUCUAGCAAACAUACAUCCGCAAUGCAGUCAAACGCCCCUCCUGGUGCCACCGCCAGACUCGAAAAGAGCCACCCGGGAGUACGCCGCUCGACGCCCGACUCAGAAGCACUCGCUUCGUCCGACGAUGACGGAGAGCAUGCGCAACUGGCCCAUAACAUUACUGCACCUCCACCUAAACCAACCCGUCGGACAUCAUGGCUAAAUGAGGUACCGCUUGCAAUCCAACGAAAGCAUUCCCUGCCCGGAGGCCCCCUAACUGGCGGUCCAUCGAACCCUGCAAGCCCGUCAAGUGAUCAGGCACCUUGGGCAACAAACCCCAGCCCUGGGUUGAGCGGGUCCUUCAAUUGGAAUCAAGCCGGGGGCAACACUUUCCCUUGGAGCACGGGGAUCUGGAACAAUCCUGAUCCUCGCAAGGAACCGCCGCCCCGCCUGUCUGAAAUCGUGCCCUCUCCCACCAUGACCAACCCUCCGCCUGCGCCUGGCUCUCUCGGCGAUGAAAUGCUGAGUCCAAUCACUCGCACCAUCUCCGGUGACUCGGCGAUUCCAUUCCAAAUCCCUUUGCAACCAACUCCCAAGACGUACCGCUCCCAGUCUUACUCCGUUGGUCAAAUGGAUCCGGAGUACCUAGGCAUGAUGGCGAACAAGCCCGGUGCCGGUGCUGCGUACCCGGGUGGUCGAUCUCGCGGUCCGGGGCAGAUGUCUUCUGGCCAACCGAGAGCGUCGCGACCGAGUGUCCUUGGCGAGCUUGGACAUGACCCUGCUAUGCUCGGCCGUGUUCGCGAGGAUGACGAUGGAGACGAAAGUCCGAGCGGCUCCGACGGUGAUAUCAAUUACUCAGCCAGCCAGGCUCGAACCAUCGAGCAGCUUGCGCGUGAAAACGCACUUCUUCGUCAAGCUGCUGCAGCCGGCCAGGUAGAUAAUCGGUAUCGUGAUCGAGCGAAUUCAUCUGCCUCGGCCACCGGAGCCCACUCACUUCAUCGUAUCCGAGGUGGUGUUCCUGAGGAGCAGAUGGGCGUCGAGGACUUGGACGAACUGCACGACAUUCCUGGCUACAGCAACAUGCGCAGCAAUACAAGACGGCGGUUCUCCGAGCAUUCGGCCAACCUCGAACAACAGUUCCAAUCUUUUCCGUCUCCGUUGGAGAAUCGUGCGCUUGAGAAUGUCCGCAAGGCCCACUGGCAGACCUCGCUCGGCUUUGGAGGUGUCGGCGACAUGCCCCAAAGUCGCCGCCAUUCAUUUGCCGAUAUCCCAUUGCGCCAUGGUUCUGUUAGUUCUGUUGAUUCGCAUUCCACGGCUACUCCCCGGGCUGGGCUCGGAGAUCGCGAUGACGGCUAUGGAAACAUCAACGACUACCCUAACCCUUCGAUGCAGCCAUCUUAUUACUCUAAUGAGCAGACACUGCGCGGUGAUGGAUCAUCUGGCCUCCCGGCUUCCCUCAACCAGUAUUCGAUGUCUGGAGCUUAUAUCCGUCAGCCUCCAGCCCUGUCCCAUGCCCAUCAAAAUCAGCUUUUGUACAUCGUGACAUUCAAGUGCCACCGCGCCGAUGUGUUCUACAUUCAAGAGGACACCGGUCUGCAGGUGAAAGCAGGCGAUCUCGUCAUUGUUGAGGCUGAUCGAGGCACGGACUUGGGUACUGUGGAGCAUGCAAACGUGACGCUUCAGAAGGCCCGAGAGUUCAAACAGAAGUAUGCCGAUGAGCACUACAAAUGGCUCAUGAUGUUCUCCCGUCAGGGGCAGAUUGAAGGUUCGAAUGUGGCUUCCGCGGGCCUCAGCAGCCGCAGCGCUACGGGUGGCAUGGGUCCUCAUGGUCAUGGAGUGCAAGAGGCUGCUACAGAGAUCAAGCCUAAGCUCAUCAAGCGCCUGGCACAGAACCAUGAGAUCCUGACUCUGCGCGACAAGGAGGGCAAUGAGGCCAAGGCCAAGAGAGUUUGCCAGCAAAAGGUCGCAGAACAUCGGCUGAACAUGGAGAUUCUUGAUGCCGAGUUCCAGAUGGACUGGAAGAAGCUUACCUUUUACUACUUCGCGGACUCUUACAUCAACUUCAACUCGUUGGUCACGGAUUUAUUCAAGAUUUACAAGACCAGGAUCUGGAUGUCUGCGAUUAACCCGGCUUCCUUCGUGACGCCGCCGACAGCUGGCCUUCAAGGUUCGGGUGCCAUGAGCAACCCGCUGUACAGCCAGGACGCUCCAAAUGCCGAGCGCCGCCACCAACAAGACGGCCGAUCCUACGGCGGACGAGACGGUGCUGAUACUGGCCGUGAUGGAAUGUCCAACCCCGGCGGUAUGCUUCGAGCCCCGUUCACAGACACCUACCCGCCAUUCGCUCAGCCAUCCCAUCAAGACGCGCCGCCUGACCCCUUUGCCCCGUACUCGCCCACCAGCUACGGUACUCUGGAAACAGGUUUCUCCGACUUCUCCGGUGGUGCCGGCUCCAAUGGCGCCCGCGUGCACCCAACUCAGAACGAGUGGGUUAGCCGGUUCCAGGGCCUAUCGCUCAACUCCUGA